GAGAUGGAUAAAGCUAUAGCUAGGGAGAGAAGACAACAGGAGAAGGAGCUACAACAUGUUCUGCCAGAGGCGGUGCAAGUAGAAGAGGACCAGGCUGCCGGCAGGACUGUUUCCUUCACAGGCCGCCCCCCUCCCGCCCCCAGGCCUCCCGACAAGGGGAAGGAACCCUAUACCGGGGACAACCCUGCCUUCAAAACUAACGAAAGGAUAUCAGGCGCCAACCUUCUGUGGUCAAUUCUUCGGGAGGAGUCGUACCAGAAACUCUUCGAACAAGACGCACGCAUCGACAGAGAACUUGUGAAUGCCUACAAGGCCUUUACGAGGGAGAGACUGAAGAAACACAGGAAGCCUGGACGGCUGGCCAAACGGAGCUAUCCCGCACAGGAUGAUUCUUACUGGGAAGAACUGAUUCGAGCCCAGUCACUGUUGGUCAUGAGAGACAAAAAGGGCAAGUUUCCAGACAUGCACAGACUUCUCUCCAGCACAACCUACAAGGAGGCGAAGAAAAACCACCACAAGAGGAGUCUGAUGUUCCGAGCGUCGGAGAGAAACAAGAAUCGCGCUGAGAUCCUCAUGUUCAACAACCCGCCGCCCGAUUUUAACGACACGGAAGGUUACGAAGGGCCGCUGAGGUAUCAUCCUUCUUGGAUGGAGGAUAGUCAGGAGGAUAACUUGGAUGGAAGCUGGCCGGCUCUCCUGUCCCAGGAAUCCGUGUGGCGACAUCUCGCGCUCGAGAAGGCCGCGGAUGGCGCCCAACCCAGCCCCGACAUCCCCGAGGAACCGGAGGACGACCAAUCAGAGCGCAGCGCUUCGGAGCUGGGGAGGGAGAUGGAGGAACAGCUGAGGAUUUCUCCCGUCGAAGAACAUGAUGAUGACGAAAUCGACAUCUUCUUGAAGAAGAGGUCGAGGGUCAAGAGGCCAAAGUACAGGUUCUUGACGGAGGAGGACGCUCGGACGGAAGGAAGGUUCCGCCUCAUGUUCCAGGAGAAACGUGACCUGAAGACGGCGCCGGAACGAGUCAUGGCGCAACCUCCGACGAGACAGGUGGUGACCGCCAGGAACAGGGGGUCAGACAAAAGUUCUUCUAUCCGUUCUGCGACCAAGUCCGCCCCGCCGACCCUGCUCAGUGACCAGGACGCGAGCCGCAGGACGGGCUGGCAGCCGCUGAGUCUGACCGCCGUCGCCGAGUACAAGGAACAGCGGCCAGCCAUGGGGCAGGGAGAGUUCAAGUUCGGCAUGCAGCCCAGAUGGAUCGUGGCUGAUAGUGUAGCUUCGAAGUGAACCUUCUUCCCUGCUACACCAUCAGUGUCUUCCAGAAUGGCUAUCUGUUGAACAAGUGAACUAUCCAUGUCUUCUUUGGAGUAUAACCUGUCUAUAGUGACCACUCAAGGCAUGCAGCCCAGAUGGAUCGUGGCUGAUAGUGUAGCUUUGAAGUGAACCAGUCAGUGUUCUCGCCAGGCCUUUUGAACAUAGGAGCCCCCUAUGCUGUGAUUUGGACCCCCUAUGCUGUAGUUUGGACCC